AUGAUUCAAGAUGGUUCUCUGAAGGCACUCUCCGGCAUACCGGACGAUGUUCAAAUUGAGAUUGCGCAGAAUCUGCCUCCUUACGGUUUCCUCCAAGCAGCUUCCGAAGAUAUGGGAAUCAUCCCUGGCAGGUCAAAUUUACUGAGAUUACCCAUCCCUCUUCUACCCGAUUGCGCACGAGAACUCGACAACUUGCUUCAGAAUGACGAGAACAUGUUCUGCGACGGCCAAAGCGUAGACCUGUUGAACACGUUGGAGCGUAUGUGCCCCGAGAAGAACCAUCUUCUGAAGGCAUGA